UAUUGACAAUGCAUUCAAACAGUAAUGUAUUGACGUAUAGUAUGAGUGUAUGUAUUGUGUCAUUGAUUGGUUGAGCCAUCAAUACAUGAAAACAUUGGUUCAAUUGAAACAUUGAUUGAUUGACUGAUCAAUUGGUUAUCAAUUGAAUUGUUGGUCACUGAAGAUGACGACAAACGCCAACCAUUUAAGUCAACAACAGUUCAAAAUUGUUUUGUUAGGCGAGGGAUGUGUGGGAAAGACAUCACUAAUGUUGAGAUACUGUCACAACAAAUUCAAUGAAGCACAUGAGUCCACACUUCAGGCAUCGUUUUUGACCAAAAAGUUUUUGUUAAACGAAACGAGAAUACAACUGUUCAUUUGGGACACCGCCGGUCAGGAGAGGUUUCACGCGUUGGGACCCAUCUAUUAUCGGGACUCAAACGGAGCACUACUUGUCUAUGACGUGACUGACUCGGACUCUCUGUCUAAAGUCAAGUCGUGGGUCAAAGAGUUACGUAAAAUCCGUGGCAAUAAUGUUGUGCUGACAAUAGUCGGCAAUAAGAUUGACUUACUAUCACUUGAACAGCAAAACAACUUUGCAAACAAUGAACUGAUAGCCGAAGCAAUGAAAUACAGUCAAUCAGUAAACGCCACGCAUUACUGUACGUCCGCUAAAAAAAACCGUGGAAUCGAUGACCUCUUUCUUGAUUUAACUAAAAAAAUGAUGGCUAAAAGUCAGUCAUCUCAAGAACAAACACAAUUUAAAAGCCGCUCAACAAUGUCUGGAUCGGGUCAAAGAGGUCUAGUAAUAGCUGACGAACCGACUAAUAAUGAGGACAGUUGUGAAAACAGACGGAAUAAGUGUUGCUAA